UUUCCUAGUGUGACUUUCUUAGACAGCAGAGGGGUAUAGCGGAGGAUGCAGUGUGGGAGAUGAGUGGUACCAAGGAUGACAGCCGUUGUCAGAAGGCAGUCCGCAUUGUCACCGAGCUGUGCCGGAAGAAAAGCCUGCCUAGCUUGGACCUGGACACUUGCAGGGAAUUCCUCCUGUUGCCUUCCGACCAGAGCCUGAUUAUCUCCGAGCCAGAGCUCUCCGUCAGCCUCCUUGCAGUGAUAGUUAUUGUGUGUGGACUGGCCCUGGUGGCAGUUUUUCUGUUUCUCUUUUGGAAGCUGUGCUGGGUUCCCUGGAGGAACAAGGUCAUUUCUUCUAACCUGGCCGUCUUGCAGAGCGAGGCAGGCUGCAAUAAGGAGAACAUGGCAGACAAGCUCAAGGACGCGGGUGCCAUAAGUUUCCUGGAGGCAGCGGUGAAGAUCAGCCACACGUCGCCAGACAUCCCCGCAGAGGUCCAGAUGUCCAUGAAAGACCACAUCAUGCGGCGCACGCGGAUCCAGAGGCAAACAACGGAGCCUGCAUCUUCCACCAGGCACAUCUCCUUCAAAAGGCACCUUCCUCGGCAAAUGCACGUAUCCAGCAUGGACUACGGCAUGGACCCACCCGCUGUGGCUGAGCAGCCGACCAGCAUCGGUCGCAUUAAGCCCGAACUCUAUAAGCAAAAAUCUGUUGACUCUGAGGACCCCAAAAAAGAGGCAGCAAAAACCUGUGGGAAAAUUAACUUCACUCUCAAGUAUGACUACGAGAAUGAGACGCUGACUGUCCGAAUUCUCAGGGCUUUUGAGUUGCCAGCCAAAGACUUCUGCGGCAGCUCAGAUCCCUAUGUGAAGAUCUACCUCCUGCCCGACAGAAAGCGCAAGUUCCAGACACGAGUCCACAGGAAGACUCUGAAUCCCACCUUCGAUGAGUCCUUCCACUUCCCUGUGCCCCAUGAGGAGCUGGCGAGCAGGAAGCUCCACCUGAGCGUCUUUGACUUUGACAGGUUCUCCAGACACGACAUGAUAGGAGAAGUUAUCUUGGAGAACCUGUUUGAGGCCUCAGACCUUUCCCGGGAGACUUCCAUCUGGAAGGACAUUCAGUACGCGACGACGGAAAGCGUGGACCUGGGAGAGAUCAUGUUUUCCCUUUGUUAUUUGCCAACUGCAGGUCGCCUCACCUUAACAGUCAUUAAAUGCAGGAAUCUCAAAGCUAUGGAUAUCACUGGUUACUCAGAUCCAUAUGUCAAAGUGUCUUUGCUCUGUGAUGGGAGAAGACUAAAAAAGAAGAAAACCACCAUAAAGAAAAACACACUUAAUCCCACUUACAAUGAAGCAAUAAUCUUUGACAUUCCCCCAGAGAACAUGGAUCAAGUCAGUCUGCUUAUCUCCGUCAUGGAUUAUGAUCGAGUGGGCCACAACGAGAUUAUUGGGGUUUGCCGUGUGGGGGUCAAUGCUGAAGGACUGGGCAGAGACCACUGGAAUGAGAUGCUGGCAUACCCACGCAAGCCCAUCGCGCACUGGCACCCAUUAGUGGAAGUAAAGAAGUCUUUCAAAGAGUGGCAAGGCCGGGCAGCGAGCUUUGACAGCCAGGGUUCCUGUCCCUCACCUAAACCACCACCCACACCAUGAUACAGAGCGCGGCGAGUAAAAUGGGACUAAACCAAGUUAUUUUUGCACUUGGCCUACAGUCUCAGUAAUUUGUUGCUGAGUGGCAGUGGCAGCAGCGAGACUUUCCAGUCUAGUUGUUCCUGCGUAAGU